GCGACUCGUUUUCAGAACCGACACAACAAACCCGAUUCGGGGCCGAAAUUCCUUCAUCUGUGGCGCAGGUUUCCAAGUUUUUCUUUGCCUGUUUUUGCGUUUACAGGUACUCUCUCUCUCUUUUCUUUUUUUAUAACUUAGACCGACUAAGAUGCUGUCGUCGGAAACGUUGUCUGGACCUGUGUUUCUCAGGGGAAAUUCGGACGGUUUUCAUCGCGGACUUCAAGAAACAACGUUAGUUACCAGUUAGUUAGCUAUGCGGCAGCUCCGGGGAGUCUUUUUGUACAGUAAUGCUUCAGGUACUCUUCUUGGGAAAGCUGGUGGUCACACUUUCUUACGUUUUAUUCGAUCUGCAACUGGCGUAUUUAUCUAGACCCUUUCCACACCGUUGUUGGUGUCGCCGGUGUGAAGUGAAAUGUUCCGUUAUGUCGGUAGGCGAGAUCCAACAUCCCGCAAGAUGUCAGGAUGGUUCGGGCUGCGUGCUACCGCCAACUUUCCUACACCAAGGUCUGUCCAGUGUACUCCAGCAUAACCGCGAUGGGAAACCAGCGGACCUUGGUUUCUUGAGGAUGACUGGAGCAGGUGAAAUAUAUGGGACUGUGGUUUGUACCUUGGAGGAGGGUCCCAUCUCCUCUGGAGCUCCUGCUGGCCCAUGGGAAAGCUCCAUUUACAGCUCGUUCGCCUAUAUGUUUAACAUCAUACAUCAUAGAGGCCGUAGAAGCACCCUCACCAGGUACAAUCCUGGGCGCAGUCUUCCUCAGGUUCAGAAUGUUGCAAGUCCAACAGCAUUUCGGGUUGAAUUCCAGAAGUGUGCAGAGGUGGAGCUCGACACUGAUCCCCCUCAACUGACAUUCUUCCUUCAAAUCUACAACAUGGGCCCAGUAGGUGGCACCAACCUGUCUCAAGUGGCUAUUAGGGACUCCAUUUCAGGGAUAGUACCCCUGAAAACCGAAGGCAAGGUAGUGGAGACAGGCUACCAGACAUUUGCGAUUGAUUCACUGCCGGCUGGAUCCAGGCAUGUUGUGAAUUAUACGGCUCGCAUCAAAAGUCAUAAGAAUGAAGUGUUACACCUUCCUGCUUUUCUAACAUUCUCUAAUGCCUCGCAGAAUGAUGUUAGCAUGUUUGGUCCACUAAUGGCUAAUCUGACCCUGAGGGUGAACUCCACUGACAGGAUUCAUCCUAAUCAUGGUGUCCAUUUUGCUGGAUUUGUUGGUGGCUUCCUUUUGACUUUGGUGCUGCUUUCCCUUGGAUAUCUGGCACGGAAUCUGAUGUGUGCCAGAAACAGAUUUAACCUUCCUCAGCAAAGGAAAAACAGGGGGGAUUCUGACCCAGAGUAUGCAGAUUGUAACAUGAUUGAGACAGCCAAAGAUGAGGCAGUGUUUGAAGACAAGAUGGUGGACAUCAUGGUGCUAGAAGAUCCCCAGAACAUGUAUCAAGCUCUUGAGAACCUGGAGAUGUCUAGCCUGCUGCGUGCCACCGCCAACCUGGAGGCCACUCGGGUUCAGAUCUAUAAGGACCUAAUUACGUCCCUUCUGGGAAACCUGCAGUCCCGAGACCAAGCAAGUGCCCAGGUCCAGCAGAGGCUGCUCAGUGUGCUCCAUGGCCAGCUGCUGGGCAUGGAGGGACGGCUGAAGGAGGAGAGGGGGGCUCGCAUGGCUGCCUUAGCUGGCCAGUGUAACCUGGAGACCCGGGAGGAAAUGGAGGUGGAGCACCGCAGCGAGACAGCUGAGAAAGCCAGGGCAGAGCUACUGUGUCAGCAUGCAGACCAACAGGAGCUCCUGCAGUGUGGCGUCCUCUUGGAAAAGCUGCACAAGCUCAGCCAGAGCCGGCUACAGCGAUCCCUGCUGGUCCGACAUGAAGAAGCAUCAGCCAAGGUCCAGAGGCACAUAGUAGAGUGGCGCCGGGUGGAACUUCACAAGAUCUUCUGUGAGGAGCUGGAGGAGGCCACCAGGAUGGGCGAGUUGGAUAAGAGUACAGUCAAGAGUCUACAGCAUGAUUACUUCAUGUGCCAGGAUCAACUGGAGGAGGUUCUGGAUGUGGUUCUUGCAAAUCAGCGCAAUGAGCUGGCAGAACGUCAUGCUCAGAGAAAGUUCCUGGUCCACAGUCUUCAGAGCCUCAAGAGCCUAAUGUCUGACACUUUCUCCAACACCUCUAGCAAUUUAGACCGCUGGUUUAACAAUAUCAAGAGAGGGAGCACAUUGUCCACAGAGCACAUUGACCAGCUCCAAGACAAGGCCCAAAAAGAGCUGCUGAUGGUGAGACAGAGGCUGGAUGAGGCACUGAGCCAGGAAAGGAGAGCCAUGCACUGUGUGCUGGUCAAAAAGAGGCGGGAGCUCAUCUCUAACAUGUUGCAGGAACAAAAGCAGAGACAGAAGGACCUGUCAGGCCUGUCCAGGGGUCUGAAGGAGAUAGUAGACAUGGCCCAGCACUUACGCUGCUGGCAGAACCUGCUGACUGCUCAGAGCCUGGAACUAGCUGAGCUCAUCAACAACUUGGAUGAGGAGGCCGCUGCCAACAUUCGCAAGACAACCAUGUGUACGAUCCAGAGUGCCAUGGCAGAAGUCAAUGCCAUCCAACCUUCUGCAGUACAGGCAAUGCUAACACUCUUACCUCCUGGAGCUCCCAGUACUCUCUUUGAUAUAGAGCCAGAGCCAGGACCGAGUCAGAGUCAGGGUCAGGGAGCCAGUGCUCUUCAACGAGCACAGGAGAGACUACACCAGGAGGGCAAGGUAGCUGUACGCACCCUUAGGUGCACCAGGGAAGCCCUGCGGGAGGCCAUGGAGCGAGAGCUGCACGAGCAGAGGGAGUUAAGGGCCCGUGGCCGAGCUUUCUUCAGGUGUUUGUGCUCUUUUCAGCUGACCCUUUCAGAGGAUGACAGCCUUAGGAUGAAGCUGGAAUUUCAGAAGUGUCUGUCUGUGAUGGACCGCUGCCUGGUGCUACCUCAUGCCAUCUCCAGAGCAAAACUCUACACAACCCUGGCUGCCUGGAAGAAGGAGACUGAGCAGUUGAUUGAUAAAACUCAUAUAGAGAAGAAGCCACAAUCCAAGGGGAAAUCCAGCAAGUCCAGACACAAAGCAGACACAGCCGAGCUGCUACUCUUCCAAAGGAGGCUAGAGGAAAGGAUCCAGCUGUUUGAGAAGGAGAAGGAGAUGGAGAGCGUUUUCAUGGACAAGGUUCUAGAGGAAAUGGAGAGGGAGCGAGGGCAUGAGCUAUGCUCGCAGGCAGAUGGCCUGGCAAUGCAAAUGGCUGCUAUCCACUACCAGAAGGCUGAGAGGAGGGCCAAGGUCUUGGAGACCUCAAAAGCCAUGCUCACCCUUCAUAACCUUCUCACUCAGCAGCUCCGAGAUGGAAAGAGCCUAGAGGGACAGGAUAUGGCACAGUGUAUUCAGAGCCACUGCUUGGGCCUUGAGGAAGCAAACCUACAGCUCCACAGAGAGAGGACAGGGUUGGACUGCUUUAAGACCACUCAGUGCGGUGACAAGCCAAUCACAGACCCGGAGGACAAAGAGAAGGAGGAUGUGAAUGGAGAGGAGGAGGAGAAACACUUUCAGGUGCAGCAGGACUGCAGAAUGGCUAUGAUCCUGAACAAUGCCCUGUACAAGCGUGAUCAGGUGUUGGCACUGCUGAAUGAAAGCUUGCAACAGUCAAUCACCAUGAGUCAAGCCAUGGAAGAUUUGAGGCAGCAAGUGGAGCUCAAGAGACUGUAUUCAAACUGCGACCAGGAUCUGGAGUUUGCCUCUCAGCUGGUCAAGAAGAGUCAGAUGACCACUGAUGAUCUUGUGGAGACCCUCCGUCUCCUCCUCCCCACCUUGCCCGAAUCUGAGCUCCUCUCCAUCAUCGAUGCCCUCUGCCCCAAACAGCAAUCUUCAUCCUCCUCGGAGCAGGACCAUGCAGGGUGUUCUAGGGGGUCAAGCAGAACUCUGCUGGUCAAACUAAGGGAAGAAAUGGUGAAGAGGAAUAUGCCAAGCCACGUGGUGGAGAACAGACUGCAGGCAAAGAGGCAAAGUCUAAAUGAAAAACUAUUCCCCAGUCUGCGACCCCAAGCUCCAAAAGACGUCGCACCAGUGCUGGUUAAAAAAAAAGGAAUGGAAAGCAGUGUUACAACCGUGAAACAGGAAACUCAUAAAUCAACCGUGGCUGAAAGUACAGCAGCGCUGCAGCAUCAACAUGCUACAAGUCAAGGGGUGAUGGAAGUAGUGGAAGAACCCCUGUCAGCACCCAUCACUACUUCCACAUCCACUAGUGCAGCACUGAGCCCCCCGGACAUCGAAGGUAGGGUGUUUGUGUUUCGGGUACCACCAGACGUUCAUGACAAUAUAGAUGCCCCAAGCAGCAGAAGAAGAAAGAAGAAGAAUUUUCUCAAUCUGAAGAAGGGCUCUGUAGCUCCAACAAAUCUACCUUGAGAUUUACAAACGUUGCUUUUUUUCUAAAGGACUAUGCUAUAUCUUGCAUUAUAAUGGCACUUAAUGAUGGCAAACCAAAAUUAAUGGCCAUUAUGAAUAAAUUGUUUUUGUUACAUAGCAACAACAUAAGCCUAGGAUGUUUGUUGUACUAUUAGUUUUGUGUAGCCACUGACUGGUUUAAGUCAAGGCAGCUGAGUGUCACCAUUUUCAGUCAUUCCUUGAACCUAUGUUUAAAAUUUUAGUUUUGUUUUUUGUUUGUUUGUUUUUUUGCUAAACAUGGGUCGUUUACCUGUUUUGUUGUAUCAGACAUAAAA